GAGGUGAGCAGCAGCUGACUGCUGAGUGCACUCACCAGAACUCGGCUGUGAACAGAUGCAUGGCAGAGAGAAAGAGAAAAGUGGAUAUAGACCUCGACUUCGAUAAGCUACCCGGCAGAUACGACGAGGAGGGGGAAUCGGGGCCGCUUAACUGCUUCAGGCAUCUCUCUGAUGAAGAACUCCUUGAGAAGAUUAGAGGGAUGGGAAUUUAAAAAAUAUGAAUAGAUUGCCCGACGGCGGCGAGAAAUUGAGAGCUAACAUUAAGAGGAUGGAAGUGGAAUUGGCGCGCAGAAAGCUUGAAAAGGUGGCAUGGAUGACUUAUCACAUCUACGAGCUCCUGCUUCAGAAUUUGGUUUGAUUUUCUGCAGCAAGUUGGACACUGAAAGGGCAAACGACAGUUCCGAAGAAGAAUUAUCUACUUUGGAUCAAUCUGAUCACAAAAAAAUCAGAGAGCGCAAACCAUUUUUAGCUCAGAUAACUCAAAAGCAAGAUUUAUCAUCAAGACAAACACCUUUUAAUUCUCCAAAUCAUCUCUCAGCAAACAUUGGUGACCAGCAGCAAACCAAUGGCGAGAAACAAGGAAUCCGUGCUUCUAAUUCAUCAUCUCAUCCAUCUGACAAAGAUGUUUCUUGCCUUUCAACCAAAAAGGAAAGUAGCGCUCAUAGUCUACAUCUACAUAACACCAGAAGGAACACCCGGAGAAGUUUUGUUCUAGUAGAUGAAGAGGAGGAACUUGUGGGCGAUGUAGUAGAUGAAACAGACCAAGUGGGUCUAAGCAGUAAAGAGGCACGCAUAUACUACCCAUCAAGUCAUCAUUGGAGCUUGGUUAUUAUAUCCAUACCAAAUAAAGAAGACGGGUCGGGGCCAAUUAUACUGCAUUUGGAUUCUUUAAGACUUCAUUCCAGCAAGUCAACUUUCAGUAAUGUGAAGAGCUUUCUAGUAGAAGAGUGGAAGUUUUUACAAAAAGAAGAAGUGCUGCCUGAACUGCCCAUCGCAGAGAAUAUCUGGAACAGGCUCUCUCGAAGAAUUGAAGAGAAAGUAAUUGAGGUGCCUCAACAACAAAACAAAUAUGACUGUGGCCUUUUUGUUCUUUUCUUUAUGGAACGUUUUAUUGUUAUUCAUUAUCAGUUCGGAAAGCAAUGGUUCAGACCUGCGAAAGCUUCUAGUCUGAGAAGGAGAAUUCACAGUUUACUAACGUUAAGAGUUUAAGAAGGCAAAUGAAGACCCAUGUAAAUCGGACUCCUGACCCCUGCUGUGUACAUUGAUGGAUGAAGUGAACAUAUGGUGAAUAUCAACACAUUUGACCAGACUCUGACCUACAUUUUAGAGCCAUUGCAUUAGUGUUAACAACUUAACACAGUAUUUUAGGGAAUUUCGAUGUAUAUUGAUGGCAACUACAAUGUAAAGAUCGGCAGUUGUCAGUUUUAAGAAUCCACAUCAGUAUAAUGGGAAGUGGACAGAGAAUAUAAACCUUCUUUUUUUUUAACAUCAUUUACUUUUUUAGUGAAUGUAUAAUUAACUUUGUUUAAUGGAAAUUCCUAGGUCUUACCAUGAUUCA